AUGACUGUCCCUGGGCCUUCCAGGCGUCGAGGCUUUAGACUGUGUUUUUGCCUGACGCUGCGUUACUUGUUGCUGCCUCUGUAUUUUCUUGACGCUCUGGCCAAUAAACUUAACGUGCCAAGGGUGUUGCUACCCUUCGGCCGGGAGCUGGGCCGCGUAUCCUUCCUAUUGGAAGCACAGCGGGGAUGCUAUACUUGGCAUUCCACCCAUCAUGAUGCAGUUACUGUUGAACCUUUAUAUGAAAAUGACACCUUGUGUUCCCAAAAAGCUGUACUCAUUGCCGAAUCUACCCAACCGAUACGCCUCAGCAGUAUUAUUCUUGCUCGCGAGAUAGUAACUGACCAUGAACUGCGUUGUGAUGUUAAGGUUGACAUAAUACACAGAAUUGAAAUUGUAUCUCGAACCCGGGAACUCUACAUAGAUGAUUCGCCACUGGAACUGAUGGUGAGAGCCUUGGAUGAAGAAGGAAAUACUUUUAGUAGUUUGGCAGGGAUGAUGUUUGAAUGGAGCAUUGCCCCGGAUAGUGAGUCAGCAAGAGGAGAACUGUCAAGCAAAAUUAGGAUUCUGAAAUACUCUGAGGCAGAAUAUUCUCCUCCAAGGCAUAUAGCUGAGCUGGAAGAAAUAGAGAAACGUGGUGAUAUGAUUUUGGUAUCUGGUAUUAGAACUGGUGCUGCUGUUGUAAAAGUUCGAAUUUGUGAAUCAUUCUAUAAGAAAGUGGCAGCUGCAUUGAUACGUCUACUUGUUUUGGAGAAUAUAUUUCUUAUACCAUCUCAUGACAUCUAUCUCUUAGUAGGAGCAUAUAUUAAAUACCGAGUUGCAAAAAUGGUUCAGGGAAGAAUGACAGAAGUGCAGUUUCCCCUGGAACAUUAUACACUGGAAUUGCAAGACCAUAGAGUUGCAUGUAAUCAAUCUCUUUCUGAGAAAGUGGCUUUACUUGAUGAGAAAACAGCCGUGGUGACUGCAGUCCAACUGGGUCAAAUUAAUCUUGUGUUCGUCCAUAAAAAUGUCCACAUGCGAUCUGUGUCCAGACUCCCAAACUGCACCAUAUAUGUUGUAGAGCCUGGAUUUUUAGGUUUCACUGUCCAUCCUGGAGAUAGAUGGAGUCUUGAGGUGGGACAAGAGUAUGCCAUUACAGUUGACGUGUUUGAUAAAAGCAGCACAAAGACCUACCUUUCAGAUAAUCUCAGGAUUACUCAUGAGUUUCCAAAGGAGUACUUUGAAGAGCAACUAUCCACAAUUAACGGAUCAUAUCAUGUUGUAAAAGCUCUAAAGGAUGGUGUUGCAGUAAUACAUGCAUCUUUGACUUCUAUCAUUCACCAGAAUAAAACUGGUCAGACUAUAGGACUUCCAAUUAAACAGCAGCAAGAAGUAAAGAUUUAUCUUCCUAUCAAUCUUACACCCAAAUUUUUGGCAUUUCCUUAUCAUCCUGUUGGAAUAUAUCAUUAUAAAGUGCAGGUGGAGGGCGGGAGUGGCAACUUCACUUGGACCUCUUCCAAUGAAACGGUGGUCCUGGUAACCACUAAAGGAGUGGUGACUGCAGGUCAGAUCAUGGGGAACAGCACUGUUUUGGCCAGAGAUGUACAAAAUCCUUUUCGAUAUGGAGAAAUUAAGAUAUAUGUCCUGAAACUGAACAAAAUGGAGUUGCUACCAUUUCAUGCUGAUGUGAAGAUUGGUCAGAGUAUAGAAAUCCCCAUUGCAAUGUACCAUGUAAAUCAAGAGACCAAAGAAACCAUUACAUUCACAGACUGCUCUCAUAUAUCUUUGGAUUUGAAGAUGGAUAAACAAGGAGUAUUUAUUCUUCUCAAAGAAGAUUCUCAAAAACCUGGGCCAAUGCACUGUUCUAGCAUAUCUAUAGAAGCCAAAUCCCUAGGCCACACCCUGGUGACGGUGAGCGUGACUGAGAGUGACGAGUACUUGGAGAACAGCGCUACAUUUGCUGCUUAUGAACCUCUGAAGGCUCUAAAUCCUACAGAAGUCGCCUUGGUGACAUGGAAGUCUGUGAAAGAAAUGGUAUUUGAAGGAGGCCCCCAUCCAUGGAUCUUGGAGCCUUCUCGGUUCUUUUUGGAGUUGAGUGUGGAGAACACAGAGAUGAUUAGUAUAACACAAGUUCGACUGCCAGCAAAGAGGAAACAGAACCAAUACGUCUAUCGAGGCCUAUGCCUGGAUUUAGGGGAGCAGGUUCUGACAUUCCAAGUUGGAAAUCACCCAGGUGUCCUGAACCCUCGUCCGGCUGUAGAGGUCGUGCAGGUGCGCUUCAUAUGUGCCCACCCCGCCAGCAUGUCACUGAGCCCAGUGUACAAGGUGCCAGCUGGCGCGCAGUCAUGUCCUUUACCACAGCACAACAAACAACUGAUUCCAGUGUCAAGCCUAAGAGACACAGUCCUAGAGCUGACUGUGUUUGAUCAACACAGGAGAAAGUUUGAUAAUUUCAGUUCAUUGAUUCUAGAGUGGAAAUCCUCUAAUGAAACACUAGCCUAUUUCGAAGAUUAUAUGUCAGUGGAAAUGGUAGCAAAGGAUGAUGGCAGUGGGCAGACUCGGCUACAUGGUCAUCAGAUCCUUAAAGUACAUCAAAUAAAAGGAACUGUGCUCAUUGGAGUCAAUUUUGUGGAUUAUUCAGAGUCUGAAAGUCCAAAAGAACUUUCCAAUGUGCCCAGAUCUGCAACUGUGGAGCUGCUCCUGGUGGACGAUGUUACUAUAUUGCCAGAGAAUUCCACUAUCUAUAACCACCCUGAUGUGAAGGAGAUAUUUAAGCUGACAGAAGGGUCUGGUUAUUUUCUAGUCAAUGGCAGUGAGCAGGAUAUCGUCACCAUCACUCACCUGGAGACAGAAACCUCUGUCCAGUUGGUUCCAGUACGUCCUGGUUUUAUUACUUUGGAGGUGUAUGAUCUGUGCUUGGCUUUCUUGGGUCCAGCCAUGGCCCACAUCAGGGUGUCAGACAUGCAAGAGCUGGAGCUUGAUAUGAUUGAUAAGGUUGAGAUAGGUAAGACUGUCUUAGUGACUGUGAGAGUUCUUGAUUCUUCCAAAAACCCAUUUCAGAAUAAAUACUUUAGAAAUAUGGAACUCAAACUGCAGUUAGCAUCUGCCAUUGUGACCCUGACGCUCAUAGAAGAACAAGAUGAGUAUUCUGAGAAUUAUGUUCUUCGAGCUGUCACCAUUGGACAAACUACACUUGUGGCUAUUGCCAAGGACAAGAUGGGGAGAAAAUUCACGUCAACUCCUCGGCAAAUUGAAGUGUUUCCUCCAUUCAGACUUGUUCCAGGGAAAAUUACUCUGAUUCCAACUAAUAUGAUGCAGGUUAUGUCCGAAGGUGGUCCGCAGCCCCAAUCCAUCAUUCACUUUUCCAUCAGUAAUCAGACUGUAGCUGUUGUUAACAGGAGAGGGCAAGUUACAGGGAAGGUGGUUGGCACAGCUGUAGUACACGGCACCAUCCAAACAGUAAAUGAAGAUACUGGCAAAGUCAUUGUGUUUUCUCAGGAUGAAGUACAGGUUGAAGUUGUUCAGCUGAGGGCUGUGAGGAUCCUUGCAGCUGCAACUCGACUCAUCACAGCUACCAAGAUGCCAGUUUAUGUCAUGGGAGUGACCAGUACUCAGACUCCCUUCUCCUUUAGCAAUGCCAGACCUGGGCUCACAUUCCACUGGUCCAUGAACAAACGGGAUGUGUUGGAUCUAGUGCCCAGACAUUCAGAGGUUUUUCUCCAGCUUCCACUGGAAAAUAACUUUGCCAUGACUGUCCACACAAAAGCAGCUGGGCGGACUAGUAUCAAAGUCUCUGUUCACUGUAUGAACAGUUCCUCUGGGCAGUUGGAAGGAAAUUUGUUGGAACUAUCUGAUGAAGUUCAGAUCUUGGUAUUUGAAAAACUCCAACUGUUUGAUCCAGAGUGCCAAGCUAAGCAAAUUCUAAUGCCUAUGAAUUCUCAGCUAAAACUCCAUACUAACAGGGAAGGAGCUGCCUUUGUGAGCUCCCGCCUUCUCAAGUGUUUUCCUAAUUCAUCUGUUAUUGAGGAGGAUGGUCAAGGGCUCCUGAAGGCUGGUUCCAUUGCAGGUACUGCUGUGCUGGAAGUCACUUCUAUAGAACCUUUUGGAGUCAACCAAACAACUAUCACUGGGGUUCAGGUAGCACCGGUGGCAUACCUGCACAUGAGCAGCCAGUCCAAGCUGUACACAACCCCAGGAAGGACCCUCUCUGCCUUCCCACUGGGCAUGUCCCUCACCUUCAUUGUUCAGUUUUACAGUAGCAUCGGAGAGAAAUUCCACACGCAUAAUGCACAUCUUUAUCUGGCUCUGAACAGAGAUGACCUGCUGCUAAUUGGACCAGGAAACAAGAACUACACUUACACAGUGCAGGCCGUGAACAGAGGGUUGACACUUGUGGGGCUCUGGGACCGGAGACACCCAGGCAUAGCAGAUUAUAUUCCUGUCACUGUAGAGCAUGCCAUCGAGCCAGACACCAAUCUCACCUUUGUUGGAGAUGUCGUCUGCUUCAGCACUCACCUCGUCAACCAGCAGGGAGAACCUGGAACAUGGAUGAUUUCUGCUGAUAAUAUUCUACAGAUAGACACUGUCACUGGAGUAGGAGUGGCGAGGAGCCCAGGAACAGCAACAGUCUUUUACGACAUCCCAGGAGUAGUGAAAACAUACCGAGAGGUGACAGUCAAUUCAUCUUCAAGAUUAAUGCUCAGUUAUGACAUGAAGACAUUUCUGACCAAUACCCCUAAUUCAACUGGAUUUAAGCUCUUCAUCACCACUGGCAGAAAUGGUGGCAAUCUCAAAGGAUCUUGUACAUCAAAUCAGGCCUUGGCUCUUAAAACAAUACUUCUUCCAGAGACCCUCAUGCUAUGCCAUGUACAGUUCAGUAAUACCUUGCUAGACAUUCCAGCAAGUAAAGUGUUUCAUGUCCAGUUAGACUUUAGCAUGGAGAAAGGAGUUUACGUCUGCCUGAUCCAGGUUCGCCCACAGUCCAAGGACCUGCUCCAGGCCCUCAGCAUGGCUGACACGUCAGUCUAUGGAUGGGCCACACUCGUCAGUGAGCGGAGCAAGAAUGGAAUGCAGAGAAUCCUCAUCCCUUUCAUCCCAGCCUUUUAUAUCAAUCAGUCAGAACUGAUUCUCAGUCACAAACAAGACACAGGGGAGAUAAGAGUACUGGGAGUAGAUAGAGUUCUUGAGAAGCUAGAGGUCUUACCUAGUUCCCCAGUUCUGGUGGUCUCUCGCCAUAGCAGCUCUUCCGUCACACCUGGCCUGGCCAUCUACCCCGUAAAAGUGGUCAACUUUACUUCCCUCCAGCAAACGACAUCACCUGUUUUCAUCAAUGUCUCCUGUGUGCUCACUAGUCAGAGUGAGGUUGUGCUGGUCAGAGCUGUGCAAGAGAAGAAGCCUGGUGCAGAACAGUGUGAAGAUUCCAGUGUCCUCCAGCAGUUUAUUGGUUCCUACCAAACAUUCUUCUUUACCCUCUUUGCACUGUUAGCAUCAACAGCUUUCAUCUUUCUGGCAUACAAUGCCUUCUUAAACAAGAUACAGACAGUGCCAGUUGUUUAUGUACCUACCCUAGGAAUAUCACAGCCAGUUUCUUAUAACUCGACACAUUCUCCUGUUCCUUUGAUGAACCAACAGACCCCCAUGGAACAGAAUAGGCUACAACACUGGUUAUGGAGCAGAAGACACUAA